AUGAAAAGAGCUCUGCAAGAAGGAAUAAAAUUCACAAGAUACUUCAAAAAGGAGAAGCUUAUUAAAUUUUAUACAAGGAGAGAGCUCCACGAAGAGAGGGCUCUGCAAGAAGAAAAAAUUCAUGACACUCCAAAAAGUAGAGAAGGAGAAGAAAGAUGUAAUGUAAAAAAAACUCUAGAAAGAGAUUUUCUACCUGAAAGUAUUGCAAUAUUUCCUAGAUCUUGCUGUAAUAUGAAACUCUGA